GUAUUAAUAAAAAUGAUGCCUAUCCAUUAUGUCGAUCCUAUUAAGACCGAGCAUAAGGAAGUGCACAACCAACAUCAUGACGACCAGAAUCAUAACCACUAUCAUGACCACUAUCAUGACCACUAUCAUGACCACGAUCAUGGCCACGAUCACGACCACUAUCAUGGCCACUAUCAUGGCCACGAUCAUGACUAUCAUGACGACCACCAUGGGCACGACGGCGAUUACCACCACCAUCAUGGCCACUACCAUCAUGACGACCAUCACCAUCGCGGCCACUACUAUCGUGACGACCUUCACCAUCACGGCUAUCACCAUCAUGACGACUACCACCAUCAUCACUAUCAUGUCGGUCACCACCAUCACGGCCACCAUCAUAAUGACCAUCACUAUUAUGACGACUACCAUUAUCCAAUCAAUCUGUUCGACCCUAUUCUCGGUCGAAGUCCAGUUUUCUAUGUGCCGCAAUCUGCAACGAGCUUUUUGGUUUGCAAACAUGGCCGACUGCCCCAGAGCUACAUUUCCUACAAUGGCCUGGAUAUCGGAGUCAAUGCGGAGAUUGAUGACUGGAGGGACUUCCUCGCUAUGCAGGAUGGACUGAAGGUACUGAUCUUCCUGCUGUUGUUUCUUAUUUUAGCAAUGCCAAUCGUGGGGUCCCUUUAUGGCUGGUUUUGGGGGCGAUGCAGAAAUUGCAGGACAGGCAGCAAGAGAACGUGCUAUAGCUGUGGCAUCCUCCUGGCCGUUGCGGCACUCCUUAUGUUGCAGUUAACGAAGGGCCUGGAGAAAUAUGGGCCUUGUUCGCAGCGAUCCCUCUACCAUCACCCCUACAGGCGCAUGCGACUUCUGCAUGACCCUAAUUAUAAGCAUUUUUUGGAGCGGAUCGAAGCUCAGUCUGAUGCCACACAAGCGGGGGGACCAUGCUGA